GGCUGAGGGGAGAGUUCUGUGUGUGACUGCACAGGCGACGGCCCGCAGACAUUUUCUCUAGAGGAAACCACAACAUGACAAGUCACUUCAACACUCGUUUGGACUAAAGACUUAGAGAAACGAGAAGAAGGAGAAGAAGGAGAAGAAGAAGAGGAAGCUACCUGGGGCAGCUGUACAGUCUCCUCCAUCCGUACAGUCUCCUCCAGCUGUUCUGUCUCCUCCAGCUGUUCUGUCUCCUCCAGCUGUUCUGUCUCCUCCGGCAGCAUCAUGGCCGUGACGCUGUGGGCGAUGAUGUCGCUGCUCGUGCUCGGAUGCUCGUGCAGCGUCGGACGCAUCGACUGCGGCUGCAUGAAGUGGAACAUGGUCGGACAGAACGUCUGCUGUGAGUUCUGUCAUCCAGGAAACCGCAUGGUCAGGGAAUGUGGUCCGAGCCUAAAAGACCUUUGCAUCCCUUGUGAGCCCGGGACGUUUACAGUGAACCCUAAAGUAUACAGUUGUGACCCGUGUACACAAUGUGUGGGAGCUCAGGUCCACGUGAAGGACUGCACCGCCACCAGGGACACGCAGUGCGGCUGCAGAGACGGACUCGUCUGUGGCGACGGCAGCUGUUCGUUCUGCGUCCAGAAGUGUGGCACAGGCCACGAACCCACCGAGGACCGUUCAUGCAGACCGUGUCCAGACGGAACCUUCAACGACCAAGGCCACCGGAUGUGUAAACCCCGGAGAACCAAGUGUCCCCAUCCGGAUCAGUACAUCGUGGCAGAGGGCGACGCGUUCACUGACUCCACGUGUGCCAACGUUUCUGUGGGUUUAUCACAGAAUCCCAGUCGACCUGGGACCACGGAUCAGUCGUGGCCACUGGUCGUGUCUGUGCUGACCAGCGUCGGUCUGAUGGGCUUCAUCUUCAUCAUCGUCAUCAUCAGCGCCAACGUGGCCAUGAAAAAUGUCCAGAAGAGAAAGACGCUGCCAAAGUUGAUCAAACACAAGCCGAUAAUCACAACCCCCACCAAUGAACCCAGGACAUUAAUAGCGAUCGAGUGCAGCUUUCACGAGGCCGAACAGGAGCAAGGCAGCAGCUCCGAGUCGCUGGACUCCAGGGACUCGUCGGAGCAGCUCAUCGCGUGACUCUGGAAUCCUGUAACUCUGUAAAUCACCGUCGAGGAAGAGAGACGGGGAAGUCUGCUCGUUGUCUUUGUCGCGUCACAAAGAGAAUACUGUGGACGCUCAGUUGUCUUUUCCCAAAAAUCUAAAUCAAACAUAUUAUUAUUAAACCAGGAAAUACUUUCAGUGAUCUCAUUAUGACAAAGGAAAUGUACACAAGGGAGGGAAGGGGAAUUCUGACAAUAGUCUAUUCAUCAUGGCUGCGGUCUCCCCCCUUUCUGUUAACCUUGAAAUAUUAAGUCAUCCUAACAUAGCUUUGGAAGUUUUUUAAAAGUUUCUAGAUUGAGUUUGAUAAACCAGAUAGUUUAAACAUCAAAAAACAACUUCCUCAACCUCUUCUAACUAAACUUCCACAAAAACAAAGGAGUGAACUAAUUCUGUAACUGGUGAAUGAAUUUGACUUGAUGUUGACACGUCUGAGCCGUUGCUCUGUGUGAACGUACAGUGAAGGUGUGUGUGUGUGUGUGUGUGUGUGUGUGUGAUUAAGGCUGAGCCAACACUUUGCCUCCAACAGAUGUUUUGUUACUGACAGUUUACUGCUGAAUUUGUACAUUUAUUAUUCUGUUGUGUUUGAGUCUGUCAGGAUUUAUCGAGGGACUGGUUGUUGUUUUUUACCUUUAGUCUGUUUUUGGUUUGUUAUUUAAAAUUGUCUAUGGAUGGGAACUAUUUUAUGUGUUAGAUUCAUGAAAAAUAUGAUAUUAACUAACUAACUUUAUUAACUUUCCUACCACUCACUCAUUGAUAUCAGAAAGUCCAGUGAAGGGAGUUUCUUUCUCUGUCAAUAGGUGAUGUUGGGUUAAAGCAGCAGGCCGUCGACAGUACAGCACAAUACAGGUCAUACAGUACAGAGGUCCUUUAAUAAAUGAGUCAAAGAUCUGGUUAAAGUUCAACAGCUCCUUCAUCAAGCUGGAACUUGCCUCUUGAGAAAGAAUCUGGCAGCAGUCUGGGAAACCCGAGUCUUAUCUGUCUGUGCUUUUUGUGCCUGAGAUUCCUGAUAAAAGCGUCACGUGGGAAAUCCUCAGGACAAACAUGACACACAUCUGGAUAAUUUAUGAGGCAGUCGAGAAAUUUAAAAUGAGUUUCAGUGUGCACAUGGAAACCCCCCCCCCCCUCCAUCUGUCCUGCGCUGCUUUCAGUUAAACCUCCGUCAGAGGAGUGGGCAACAAGAACACGUCUCUCGUCUGAACUGUGGCAGGUGAAUCUUCUUGCUUCCGAGAUGGAAACUCUGACAAACGUUGAGUGGGCUCAGGGCGACGGAGCGAGCCCACUCAGCGUCAGAUCUUAUAGUAACUCACCAGAGCGAGUGAGUGUGUGUGUGUGUGUGUUGAGUCACGACUUCACAGAGUGACGUCUGGUGGAGACCACAACCUUCAGAGGUGAACUUCACCACAAGUCAACUGUAGAACUUUACUUUCAACUGGUUACUGAUGAACCACGAACUGUGAUGUACUUACAGUAUUUGAAUUUAUCUUUGUGCCUUAUCGUUUCUUCUUGUAAUAAUACUGUCUUUAAACACUGGAUUAUACUUACUGUGACAUCUUUAAUCAGGCAAUAAAAAUAAUUUUUUA